AUGGCCUUGAUGAACCCAAUAGUGCCGUUGAGCACGUUCAUCGCAAUUCUCGCGGCGAUUAGUCGGAGCAUUACCGAGUUGGUGGUCCGGAUGGAUGGCGACGGGUUCCACACUGGCCUACCCAUUGGGGAUCCGGAGUUCGACGAGCUAGAUGGAAGACAGAUGGGAAAGUUCAUCUCCAUGGUGCAAGCUGUCGAAUCUCUAUUCCUAGAGUUUGAGGAGCAAACAGUGGACGGUAUCAUAUUUGAAGCCGUUGCGGAAGAGUUACACCUUCCGCAUUUGAGAACGAUUAUAUUGAAAAACUGGACGAUGGCCGAUGGAGACUUGAAGAAAUUCUUGGCAAAGCAUGGGAACGCAGUCCACCAUCUGUGCCUACAGGUGGUCGACAUUGAAUCUAGUUCUGCGGGCACGGAAAAGAAAGAGCUGAAGUUGAUGAUGGGGGUGAUCCAAGAGCUGGGAACACUGGACCUCAAAAGUCUUGGGCUGGGGGAUAUGACGGUGAACGGCGGGAAGUCGUUGAGUGACGAGUGGAUGGAGGCUCUGUUCGAGAGGAAAUCCCGACCAUCCUCGCGGACGGACGAGAGAGGUUGA